AAUGCAGAAGCGUGAUGAAAAGAUUACAAGGGGCUCCUCUAGCUCCAGUGGAGUUAAUUCAGACAUUUAUCUCUACGAGAUGCCUGCCCAGGAACGAGAACUUCUCUGCCGGAUACUCGAUGAAAAUGAUGUAUGGAGAGAUUUAGCCCUGAAUCACAUGGGAUACACAAAAACUGAUCUCCAGGAAAUCAAACGGCAAAUGCAACUUGGGAAUUCCCCAGCAGAUGAGUUGCUGACGAUGUGGGGCGAUCAGAAUCAUACGGUGACUGAGCUAUUUGUCCUCCUUUCCAGAAUGCAACAGUACGUGGCCAUGACAGCGAUCAAGGAUCUGGUUUCUCGCCAAUAUCAUCGGCUCAUUUACAGCGGUCAGCCAGACAUUUCCCUUUUGCUUAAGAAUCAAAAAUUAGAGGAUAAGACUCCGGCGACAGAGGAACGAAAUGGAGCUGGAAAGUCCAAUGCCAAAAUCCUCAAUUGUCCACAAAGUCUAGUCAGCAAUGAGAAUAAUGAGGAGCAGGAGGGUGCCUCAUCGGCAGGGAUGGACAUUAAGAAUUUCACAGACUAUGCCAGUACAAUUCCUCAAAUUGAGUAUCAGGAACUUGUGGAAGCCACAAAUAACUGGUGUGAUAAGAGCAUUCUGGGCAAGGGGGGCUUUGGAACUGUGUACAAGGGCACGUGGAAGUUCACAGCGGUGGCUAUAAAAAAGAUUCAGUAUCGCGGAACGGGAAAUGCCGAAGCCAAUAAGAUACAGAUGCAGCAGAGUCUCAAUGAGCUGAGGUAUCUCAAUUCCUGCCGGCAUGACAACAUCCUGCCUCUCUACGGGUACAGCAUCAAUGGGGAUGAGCCCUGUUUGGUGUAUCAGCUCAUGACUGGAGGAUCUCUGGAACAGAGACUCUUCAGCAAAGCCCAGGAACCACUAUCCUGGUCACAGAGGAUCAACAUCGCCAAAGGGACUGCAAGGGGUCUUCAGUAUUUGCACACAUUCAAGGAGAAGCCUCUGAUUCAUGGAGACAUCAAACCUGCCAAUAUCCUCCUCGAUCCGUGCUGUCAGCCAAGGAUCGGGGACUUUGGGCUGGCCAGGGAGGGUCCUAAUGCAGUCAAUACCGCCAUGGAGGUUUCUCGUGUCUACGGGACUAAACCCUAUCUUCCGGCAGAAUUCCUGGGCUAUCGCAGCCUCAGCACCAAAGUUGAUACUUUCAGCUUCGGCGUUGUGCUCUUUGAGCUGGUGACGGGAUUAAGGGCUUAUGAUCACAAGAGGACCCACAAAUUUCUCACCAAGCAUAUCAUGUCCGCGUGUGCAGAAAAUGUGUCCAUAGAUCAAUUACUUGACAAAACCGUCCCAGCGGAUGGAGACACGAAAAAGGCGUGCUCAAUGAUGAUUAAUCUCGGACGUUUCUGCACCGCAGACAGGGCUGAAGAUCGUCCGGAGAUGGUGAAAGUGCUGUCGUUCUUCGACACCAAAAUCUGCUUGUGAUUGUUAACUGCAUUCCGCAAAGAAUUCCUUCCAAAUGUUGCAGAUAUUUUCUGAUUUUUUUGAUAUAAACAAUUUUCAUAGCAAA